AUGGACUCGACGCGAAAGCCGGCAGCCGAACCUGCGCUCCCCGCUCCAGCAUCAGCAUCAACAACAACAACAACAACAACAACAACAACAACGGCUUCAACCUCCACCUCCGCCUCAGCCUCGACAACGUCCGUCUCCUCGCUGGGCUCGCCUCUCAAACGCCCGGCCCCGUCUCUGCUGCCGCCAUUCGAGCCGUCGUCUUCGCCCGGACUGCCUCGCCCAUCAAAACGCCAAAAUGUCAGCGGCACGGGCGCCCAUCUGCGAUAUCCGACGCCGGUGCCAACUUCUAGCACCGGCAUCCUGUCCAGCUCGCCUCUGCGGGAAAAGCUGAGUGUUGGGCUUGUGGAACGCACGCCUCUCUCGGCCGUGCCCUCAAUUGAGCUCAAUGAGAACGGCGAGAUGGUGCUCAUGGGUCGGUCGUCCAAUUCGUCGCACUUCCAGCUCUCGGCCAACCGCCUGAUAUCCCGUGUGCACGUCAAGGCACGCUAUAUACAAGGCUCCACUCCUCUCGAGGCCAACAAGAUUGAGAUUACCUGCAAUGGCUGGAAUGGGCUGAAGCUGCACUGCCAGGGCCGCUCGUGGGAGCUGCUCAAGGGCGACAGCUUCACCAGCGAGACCGAGGGCACCGAAAUCAUGGUCGACGUCCACGAUGCCCGUGUUUUGAUCCAAUGGCCCAAGCGUAGCUCCUCGGGUGCCGACUCCAACGGCCUCUUGUCCGAUGCCAGCUGGGAAGACUCGCCGCCGCGUUCUCAGACGAGGAACGCCAACUUGCUGCAGGUGUCCCCUCUGCGGAGAGCCACGCGUAUUCAGUCUCCCGAUAGUCCCACCCCAGCCCCUCGCCGACGCUCUGUGGUAGCAGCAGACGAUGAUAACGGCAUCGAAAUCUAUGAGGACGACGACGAGGACUAUCAACCGGAUUCGGAUGAGCGAGACGAGGAACCGGAUGUCGGCGUUAGUAUGCGGACAGAGGCCACGGCAAGCUUCACCAGCGGGGUGGAUUCUGACGAGGAAGACGAAAGCAACCCGGAUGAGGAGAACGAUCCCAUCAUCCACUCCUUUGGUCCAUACGGCGCCAACAUCUCGGGCCGCCUCGCGUCCAUCACGACGAAAUCACCCCGCGUGCAGAGCGCCAAGCGACCCCUGAACAAGGGCUCUGCGGAGACGCUUUCAAAGGUCAAGAGGACGUCUCGUGAUCAGCGAAGCCCCUCUGAGGAGAGACUGCCCCAGCCCAAGGAGGAAGACGAGGAAGAGGAGGAUGACGAAGAGGAGGAGCCGACCAGGAUUCCCAGCGAGGCAGACGCGGCCAUCUCCAACCACGUCGUCAACCAGCUCGCCUACUCCCGGCUGUCUUCAACGCCGCUUUCCACCAUUAUGCACAACCUGCCCGCCGAGCAGAUCAAGGACAUUUCCCGGGAUGCUCUGAGGCUGCUCAUUGAGACCACCCCCUGCAUUGGCAUCAUCAAGCGCCAGGGCAAGGACGCGGCUGGCAAGGCUCUGGAGAGCGAGUACUAUUACAUCCCUGAGGACGACACCGAUAUGCAGCGAAGGGCGGCCGUGGUGGAUGGACUUCGGAAGCCCAGCUUGCGGGCGUGUCGAAAGCAGCACAAGCAAUACUACUGGAAGCGCCCCAAGACGCCUUGA